AAGUAAACCACCUGACGACUGUGAAAGAGUGAGACGCUGGGAGACACAACAUUGGAGCAGUUUUGAGCGUAUUUGUGGUAUAGAAACUAAUCAUGAAUCCAUUACCGAAGUUAUUAGAAGACUGCCUCAUUUCCACGAAACAUGUAGAGCGUGCGGCGGUAUUCGUGGCUAAAACUUGCGACAUAACGGCCGCGUCCAACUUUACAGUAUGUCUUGAAGAAAUACAAAUAUUUCUCGACGCUUUCAAACAUCUAAAUGAAACGAUGAAGAAAGGACUGAUCUUCAGGGACAAACCCUACACCUGUGUGCGUGCUGACAAACACUCCAUAUACGCCAAAAACGAAGGACGUGGCCUGAUACUGGUGAGAACUGCACUGUAUGUGAUUGUUGCCACAUACUCACAAACCAUGCAUCCAAGUAUCUGUGUGGAAGCAGUUGAAAAACUAGGUGAUUAUCUGCGUGAAAAGGGAAAAUGAAGCACAUCGUAUCAAAGGAGAAGAGGAUCUUCAGUGUGAUUGUUUUACGAUUGAUGAGAAACUGUGAAAUGUCUCUGCUUAGAUAUACUGGAACAAAAAGGUAGGUUGUUUCAGUACCGCUCAGACAAACAAGAAAGCAAGUUUUAGAUUCAUGUAAUGGGAUUUUAAUUUACAUACUGAGAUUUGGCAUCUUAAAAUAUACACGCAACAGUAGUUUUUACAUCUCAAUGCUUAACAGAAUGACACAUCAACUCAACUGCCACAACUUAGGCAACAAGAUCUUUCACAGAAAGAAUAUAAAACUCCAUGGAGACUGCAAACAGAACAAAGCUAAUGUAACUUUAAGUUAUGGACGUUAUGAACAAGACAUGUUACAUGGAUUUAGUACCACAGUCUUUAUAUUAUUCCACUUUUUUGUUCAGAAUAAGAAAUCUUUGUUAAGUACAGAGAGAGCAGAAACAUUCUAUCAUGUUUUGACCUGAUCAUUCACAGUUUGUAAGUUUGUAGCAGUCAUCUGUCACAUACAAUAAGUCUUUAUCGCCAAACUGAACCAAUUAGAGAUUAGUAAAAAUUGCAUUUUCAUGUUGCACACAUCUGUGUCAUACACUAUUUUUAAUUUGCAAAACAAUAACACAUGAAUUGCCAUAAAAUAUACACAGUUCUUUCAAA